AGCCUCCCUCUCUCUCGCUCACUGCCUGUUCUUGUAUUAGCCUGCUUCUCCUCUCUCGCGGCUAGGGUUUUAGCGCCUCUCUUCAGCUCAACUCUAUUACUUAAGUAUGGGCAAAGAGAAGUCGCACAUCAACAUCGUGGUCAUUGGCCAUGUCGACUCUGGCAAGUCAACCACCACUGGACACUUGAUCUACAAGCUUGGAGGUAUUGACAAGCGUGUCAUCGAGAGGUUCGAGAAGGAAGCUGCUGAGAUGAACAAGAGGUCAUUCAAGUAUGCCUGGGUGCUCGACAAGCUUAAGGCUGAGCGCGAGCGCGGAAUUACCAUUGAUAUUGCAUUGUGGAAGUUUGAGACCACCAAGUACUACUGCACUGUCAUUGAUGCCCCUGGACAUCGCGACUUUAUCAAGAACAUGCACUGGUGGUUUCGAAGCUGGUAUCUCGAAGGAUGGCCAGACCCCAAGAGGCCCUCAGACAAGCCCCUCCGUCUCCCCCUCCAGGACGUGUACAAGAUCGGUGGUAUCGGAACGGUCCCUGUGGGCCGUGUGGAAACUGGUGUCAUCAAGCCUGGUACGGUUGUCACUUUCGGGCCAACUGGACUAACUACUGAAGUUAAGUCUGUUGAGAUGCACCACGAAGCACUCCAGGAGGCUCUUCCUGGUGACAAUGUUGGAUUCAACGUUAAGAAUGUUGCGGUGAAGGAUCUGAAGCGUGGUUUUGUUGCCUCAAACUCGAAGGAUGAUCCUGCCAAGGAGGCUGCAAACUUCACCUCCCAGGUGAUCAUCAUGAACCAUCCCGGGCAGAUUGGAAAUGGUUAUGCCCCUGUUCUUGACUGCCACACCAGUCACAUUGCUGUCAAAUUUGCUGAGAUCCUCACCAAGAUCGACAGGCGAUCCGGAAAGGAGUUGGAGAAGGAACCUAAAUUUCUGAAGAACGGUGAUGCUGGUAUGAUUAAGAUGAUUCCCACGAAGCCCAUGGUGGUGGAGACUUUCUCAGAGUACCCCCCACUUGGUCGUUUUGCUGUGAGGGACAUGCGCCAGACUGUUGCUGUGGGAGUGAUCAAGAGCGUGGAGAAGAAGGAUGCUUCUAGUGCUAAGGUGACCAAAUCUGCUGCCAAGAAGGGUGGCAAGUGAACUGUGCUGGAUGAUGCAACUAGAUGCUAUAAUAUAAAUCAAGAGUGGGUUCUUUUCACUAGUCUAUUCAUUGGUUGUCCAGGUGUUCGGUACGAGAACUAUAGUCUUAAGUCAUCAUCGUCAUUGCGUGGCUGUCGUUCACAGAACUGGGUUCUUGAUCGGCGGUGGCGUGUGGUUUUGAUCUAGAGUCUAUUUUUGUGUCUUUGUUAUGUCUCUCGGGUUGAGAAUUUUAUCCUCUUUUUUUUUUUUUUUUUUUUACAACUGGUCAGAACUUU